AUGUUUUUGAAAAUGCUGGAGGCCAAAGCGAGAGAUUCGUUGCCUCUGGAAGCAGGACCUGAGUAUGUGGAAAGAUUCAAAGAGAUGAAGUACCGUGGAGGUAGAAGGGAGGCAACAGCAUUUCUCAGAAAAGAAAAUGUAGGCACCACCAUUCUCCUCGACUCUCCAGAGCUACUGGAUGAGGAAGACCUGAUAGACCUUCUCUUUUGCCCGGAUAUUUAUUCGAGGUACAGGAGUGCAGAGAUGCUAACUAAGAUGUACGAGCACAAGAAGCAUAGAAAGGAGUAUUUAUCUUUUUUCAAACAGAUGCUAAAGGACAACACUUCGUAUGACGAAAGCAAUUAUCUUUUGUCCCAGCUGAUUGACUUUCUGUCCUGCAAGUCAAAUCUGGAGUUUGACGUUGAGAAAAGGAAAAUAGAGCUUGCAUCGAACAGGACGUUCAUGGAAAUUCUGCAGACAUAUGUGUUUGUCAAGGAGAUUCAGUAUAACACAUUGAUAAUCAUCCUCAUAUUUUCUUAUAGCAAAGAGUGUGUCGACAAGAUGGACGACUUGAUUAAUGACGUCAUUGCCAUAGUAAAAGAAAGGGCAAGAGAGAAGAUCCUGAGAGUGUGCUGUGGAAUAGUUGCGAAUGUCCUCGACAGUGGCUAUAUCUUUUCUCCAGGAAGGCUCAACGACAUCUCGAAGUGCACAAAGGUGCUUCUGGAAGGGGGCUACAGCGAUGAGGAACUGGUGAUAGAUAUUGAGAGGAUUAGAAGUAGGAUGGUACAGAACACAAAGAAGUUUUGCAUACGCAAUUACCUCAAUGAGCUAUUUUCCGGGAGAUUUGAGGAUUCUGAAUAUCACCACAAGAAGGACUUCUGGAGCACCAAUCUCGACAUGUUGAUAAAGAACAAGGUUGAAAUAGUUAAGGUGCUCAAGAAGUAUCUGAAGUCAAAUAACCCCUCGUGGAUAUGCCUCGCAUGUAGCGACAUCUUUCAGUUGGUGAGGGCAUCCCCGGAAAUUAAUGCAGUCUUGAGCAAGUAUCAGGUUAGAGAAAUACUCUUCAACCUGAUCAACAGUGACAAUGACGACAUAAAAUUCCAUGCGAUCCAGGCACUAUACACAUGUAUUUCUUCAGAGUGGAGUUAA